AGCCGCCGCCCGCGCUGCGCUCGCCUCUCGCCGGGGAAACUCCGGGUCGCCCGAGUCCUUGGGCCCGCCGCGGCCUCCUUCCCCGGGCCCCACGGGGGGGCCCAUGGGUCUCCACGGCGACGGCGGGGGCCCGGCCGGGGGGCGGGCAGCCCGGGUGGGGCCGUGGCGCUCCGGGGGCCUUCGCGGCGGCGUGGCCGUGUUCGCCGGCGUGGCCGCCGUGUUCACCCUCACGCUGCCCCCCUCGGUGCCGGGGGGAGACUCGGGGGAACUGAUCACAGCCGCACAUGAGCUUGGAGUUGCCCAUCCUCCUGGCUAUCCUUUGUUCACGCUGGUGGCUAAACUGGCAAUUAUACUCUUUCCUUUUGGUUCAGUUGCCUACCGCGUCAAUCUUCUGUGUGGCUUGUUUGGAGCAGUAGCUGCGUCAUUACUUUUUUUCACCGUUUUCAGGCUUUCUGGCUCACAUGCUGGAGGAAUCCUUGCUGCGGGGGUGUUUUCAUUUUCUCGUCUAACAUGGCAGUGGUCCAUUGCAGCAGAGGUUUUUAGCUUAAACAAUCUGUUUGUGGGGCUGCUUAUGGCUCUUACUGUACAUUUUGAGGAGGCAGCAACUGCAAAAGAAAGAUCAAAGAUAGCUAAAAUUGGUGCUUUCUGCUGUGGCCUUAGUUUAUGUAAUCAGCAUACAAUAGUACUCUAUGUUUUGUGCAUAAUACCAUGGAUUCUCUUUCGACUUUUAAAAGAGAAGGAACUCUCCCUGGGCUCUCUGUUGAAGUUGAGUCUGUACUUCUCUGCUGGUUUAUUGCCUUACGUCUACCUUCCUAUCUCAUCCUAUCUCAAUCAAGCCCGUUGGACCUGGGGAGACCAGACAACGUUGCUAGGAUUUUUGACGCAUUUGCUCAGGGAAGAAUAUGGAACAUUCAGUCUGGCCAAAUCUGAAACAGGAUCCAGUAUGUCUAAAAUUUUGCUUUCUCAAGUAACAAGUAUGAGGACCCAACUCUCACUCAACAUUCAAGCCCUCGCAGUUUGGGCAAAUAUAUGUUUAGCAAGAAAGAACAGACAGAAUCCAUCAUUGGUAUGGCUUUUUACUGGAAUGUUUUGCACUUAUUCAUUGUUCUUUGCUUGGAGGGCGAAUUUAGAUAUUUCAAAACCACUUUUCAUGGGUGUGGUGGAGAGAUUCUGGAUGCAGAGCAACGCGGUGGUGGCCGUCCUCGCUGGCCUCGGUUUGGCAACGCUGGCUUCUGAGAGUAACCGAGUGCUGAACACCAGUGGGCUUCAGUGUCUGGAAUGGCUUUCAGCAGCUCUUUUUAUAAUUUACCAAAUAUAUUCUAAUUUCAGCAUUUGUGACCAAAGGACCAACUACGUGAUUGAUAAAUUUGCAAAGAACCUUCUAGCCUCUAUGCCUCGUGAUGCAAUUAUCUUACUCAGAGGAGAUUUGCCAGGCAAUUCUCUCCGUUACAUGCAUUAUUGCGAGGGACUGAGACCAGAUAUUUCACUAGUGGAUCAGGAAAUGAUGACUUAUGAGUGGUAUUUACCCAAGAUGGCAAAGCAUUUACCAGGUGUCAGCUUUCCUGGAGACCGGUGGAAUCCUGUGGAAGGAAUAUUACCUAGUGGAAUGGUCACAUUUAAUCUUUAUCAUUUUCUUGAAAUAAACAAACAAAAAAAAACAUUUGUUUGCAUAGGAAUUCAUGAAGGUGACCCAACCUGGAAAAAGAAUUAUUCACUGUGGCCUUGGGGCUCUUGUGACAAAUUAGUUCCUUCAGAGAUUGUAUUCAACCCUGAGGAGUGGAUUAAACUUACAAGAAAUAUCUAUAACUGGACCGAAGAAUAUGGAAGGUUUGAUCCAUCUUCUUGGGAAUCUGUGGCCGACGAAGAGAUGUGGCAAGCAAGGAUGAAAACACCAUUCUUCAUCUUUAACCUGGCAGAAACUGCAAACAUACCUUCGAAUGUGAAGGCUCAACUCUACACUCAUGCGUAUAACCUUUAUAAGGAGAUUGUCUCUUUACAAAAGGAACACCCAGUGAAUUGGCACAAGAACUAUGCCAUCGCUUGUGAGCGCAUGUUACGCCUUCGGGAAAGAGGUGCAGACCCUGAAGUCUUGUUAUCUGAAACCAUCAGACACUUCCGCCUCUACACUCAGAAAGCACGGAAUGAUCCACAGCUGCCUGAUAUUUUCGUUGCUCUAAAGCACCUAAGAAAAGAAUUGCAAAGUCUGAGAAAUAGGAAAAAUGUCUGAGGCAGCAGGAUGUGAAAAAAACCUGCUCAUUGUUCAGCUUCCAGAAUUCCAAAGUGCAAAAGUUUUUCCUCCAAGAAAAAAAAAAUUGAAGACUCAGUCAUUUCCCAGAUAGGGUACAGCAGUACUGUUCAGUGGGGUGUUUGCGUGAUUGCGAUGUGCUACGUAUGCAAAUUCUGUGUAUCUCUUGUCACUUAGCAUUUCAGUGAGAACCUUCCAGAAAACCCUCCUACUUCUUCCAUCUUUCACCUAAUGACUUUGCUUGAUUAGAUGCUAGAAGAGAAUGGGCUAUUUUCACGUACUUUAAAUAUCGAUUGUGAAUCGUUUAUUGGGAUCAGUUUUGAAGAUUGCUUAUUGCUUAUUGGGAUUAGUUUUGAAGAUUAAAUUCAUAAAAUGUUAAUACCAGACCAAAGACACAUUUUCUGUUUCUCAAAAGUAAUUUUUUUUUAAGAGUGAACCUUGCUCUGCUUCAAAUUAAAAUACUUUUUUUUUUUUUAGUAACUUUGGUUGUUACAUAAUCUCACACUUUAAGCUAAACACCAACCCAGUGAAUAUUUUGAAAAAAGUUGGGAGUUUUAUUGUCUUUGAUAAUUCUCUGAAAUCGUUAAAAAAUAAAGCUGCUAAUUUGCUUUCUUUCAGUUGCAUAAAGUGGCAAAUAAAAAGGAUUUUGUAUUUCCUUA